UUUUUAUGCAGGUGUUUGGAGAACUCAGAACUGGGUGUCCAUCAGAAUAUUUUGCUGGUCUGUAGAUUCCCUAAGACACACUGCUGACAUCAUGGUCUCCUUUCUCAGAUUCCUCUCUCUCUCUCUCUCACUUUCUCUCCUUCCCUCCCUCCCUCCCUCCCUCCCUCCUUUCCCGUUCCUCCCUCCCUCCGCCCAAUCUCUCCCAAUCUCUUUCUUUCUCUCUUCAGUUUCUUCAGGUAAAUCCUACUCCGACUUGUACCAACUUGUUUUUGACUGACUGUGCACAGCGAGAGCGUUUUCUUCAUUCUGAGAGAACCUGAAGACCUAGGCUUCCCAAGGCGACCUGCGUGGAAGGCUCAUCUCCUCGCCUUUUCGUAACCUCACAUCUAGCCAGGCGCCUGCAUUCACCAGUCCUCGCAGCAAAAGGCAGAAGGAACUUUCUGAAGACACUGCUACUAAUACCUGCCCUGACUCACACAUCAGAGAACUGAGAAGCAUGUUUGGAAGCUGAAGAAGAGAAGCAGCAGAGAGUCUAAAGGUGCCAGCAAGAAAAGAUGUUGGAGGAGGGCUUGGUAGCCCCGUCCCAAUUUACUCUCCAGAAUAUGUUUGGUAAGAGUUCCUGAAGCCCUAGAGAAAAAAAGUUGGGAGAGGAAUGAGAAAAGCCUCAAGGUAGAUAACGGUGGAAACUUGACAAACAGAGGGCCAUCUGUGAAGAGGAGCAGUACAGAGGAGGUAAUAUUCAACCUGCCCUUUGAAGAACAGGUGGAAUUUGACGGAGAAGGAAAGAGCAGGACGAGCACCCUCAGGAAGGAGCAGCUGCUGGUCAUGGAGCCAUGAACACAUUGAGCAGUCGGGAAAAGGAAGUAGAAGAAUCCCAUGGUAGCCAGGUGGGCGAAGGGGAGCGAGGACGAUACACCUGCUUUGAAGAAGCCGCCAUUUGACCUGCCGAGUGGUCCCAAAGCCUGACCAUGGACCCGAUUAACAUCAGCAUGGCCAGUGCUCCCCUGGUGAAGCACACUGCUGGAGCUGGCCUCAAGACCAGCAGACCCCGAGUCAUGUCCAAGAGUGGACACAGCAACGUGAGAAUCGACAAAGUGGAUGGCAUAUACCUGCUCUACCUCCAAGACUUGUGGACCACCGUCAUCGACAUGAAGUGGAGAUACAAGCUCACCCUGUUUGCUGCCACGUUCGUGAUGACCUGGUUCCUUUUUGGUGUGAUCUACUAUGCCAUUGCCUUCAUUCAUGGGGACUUAGAACCCAGUGAGCACACUUCAAAUCACACCCCCUGCAUCAUGAAAGUAGACUCCCUCACGGGGGCAUUUCUCUUUUCCCUGGAAUCCCAGACAACCAUCGGCUACGGAGUCCGUUCCAUCACGGAGGAAUGCCCUCAUGCCAUCUUCCUCUUGGUGGCUCAGCUGGUCAUCACCACCUUGAUUGAGAUCUUCAUCACGGGCACCUUCCUGGCCAAAAUCGCGAGACCCAAAAAGCGGGCGGAGACCAUCAAGUUCAGCCACUGUGCCGUCAUCACCAAGCAGAACGGGAAGCUGUGCUUGGUGAUCCAGGUGGCCAACAUGAGGAAGAGUCUCCUGAUUCAGUGCCAGCUCUCGGGAAAGCUCCUCCAGACCCACGUCACCAAGGAGGGGGAGCGAAUCCUCCUCAACCAGGCCACCGUCAAAUUCCACGUGGACUCCUCUUCCGAGAGCCCCUUCCUCAUCUUGCCCAUGACAUUCUACCAUGUGCUGGAUGAGACGAGCCCCCUGAGAGAUCUCACCCCCCAAAACCUUAAGGAGAAGGAGUUUGAGCUGGUGGUUCUCCUCAAUGCCACGGUGGAGUCCACCAGCGCUGUCUGCCAGAGCCGCACGUCUUACAUCCCAGAGGAGAUCUACUGGGGUUUUGAGUUUGUGCCUGUGGUUUCUCUCUCAAAAACCGGCAAGUACGUGGCUGAUUUCAGUCAGUUCGAACAGAUCCGGAAGAGCCCAGAUUGCACCUUUUACUGCACGGAUUCUGAGAAACAGAAACUUGAGGAGAAGUACAGGCAGGAAGAUCAGAGGGAAAGAGAGCUGAGAACGCUUUUGUUGCAACAGAGCAACGUCUGACGGCAGUGGUGUCGCCUCGACUUAACUCUGAGCUGCUUCCACAUCUGAGCUCCCUUCAAACCCAGAGGCCACUGGGAAAACAAAAAUGUGUGGACACACUCUGAAAAACCGCACAGAUGUACAGACCUGUUCCUUUGAUCUGGUGUCUAAACAAGCAUUCCACCUGUGGUAGGGUUCCUUUUUUAAAUGCUUUGUGUGAAGCAAACUCCCCAAAUUCAAAUUUUCUAAAAGGGGGCUGCAUUUCCAAGAACUUGGUGGAGGCUACUUGAAACAAUCUGGAUGGACAGAUAUUUCACAAUGCUGAUAUUGAAAGGAAAUGCAUUUCCAUACAAGGAUGUCAGCUAUAACAAAAUGUAUUUAUUCAAUCCAAGUAUCAAAGACGAGAUGGCCGAGAGCUGAAACGUGGUUCAGUAUCCACUUAUAUCAUUGCUCUAAAACACACUCAUUUUUUCAAGCAGAGAAAAAGGUAUUUAUAAUGAAGGCUAUCUGGUAAUACAUAAAAAGGGGCAAAGGGACUCUGUACUCACAAAAUAUAAUAAUUCUGUUUUUACCUUUUUCGGUGAAUGUAAUUGUACAGAGUGACAUUGAUCAAAUCAGGAAUGCAUCGUUGUGAAUACAUGUACAGAUGGAGCUGAUGUGAUUGUUCACACUAAUUUGUUUUGGUUGGAAUGUACUAGCCCCUUUCUAUUCAAAAUGGGUUCACAGGCCAGCAGUAUCAACAGCAUCCAGGAGCUUAUUAGUAAUUUAGCCCCACCUGGACUUAGAGAAUCAGAGGCUGUAUCUUAACAGGACCCCCACAAGUCAUUCAUGUAAAAAUGAAAGUUUUAAAACUUCACUCUGGACAAUGUUUUCAAAGUAACUUUCUGAAGCCAGGGGACUCUGUGGGUCCCAGGUCCCCAGUUCUUUAUUAUGGACAAAUAUUCCUUUCAGUGAUUUCAUUCCUUAUUAAAAUACCUUGUCCGCAAAGGAACUGCCACAGGUAUUUCAAGAACAGAAUAACACUGUUGAGAGUAAUGGUUGUCUCUCUCAAGCUAAGCACAUGCUUGUUGAUUACAGUGAACACAAAAGAAACAUUCAGCUCCAUAACAAUCGGAAAUGUGCUCCUAUAUUGAAGUCCAGUCCGUGAGGUUGGAUGGGACUCCAAGGAACUUGUGGAGCUGAGGAUAAGGAAUUAAAACACAGACGAUUACUUGAAGCAUGAACAAAAUUUGAUACUCUGAUAACAUGUAAAGGAUGCCCUCAGUAAUGAAAUAAAUCUCAUACAACUCAGUGUGACACAGGUAACGUUUGGAUUUUGGCAGAAUUUAGAGCGUUUAUUUGGGGCAGAGAAUAAAUGGGCUAGGAUUGGCUAAAUGUGAAAAAGGUGAAUUCUCAUUUCAUUCAAACCAGGACAGAUUUGUACAUUCACUCAAGAAGAAUGUGACUUUGAGUGUGUAGACACGGCAUGGACGUACACAUGAGCCCACAUAUAUGGAUACACUGACCUGACCUGCGAGCGUGCACACCGCAUGCAUGCACACACACAGAGGCGUGCUCGUCCUGGCUCUUUCAUCACAAUUGUGGAAAUUAUCCAUGAAGACAUUUGCAAUUAAAAGAGCAAGUCCUGGACAAGUGUGCUCACGUAUAUUUUGUUCCAUAAGAAUGAAAACACUGGGGCAAGUAAUCUGGAUUCAGAUUAUCUGUGAAAUGGUGUCAUAUCAUGAUGUUCCCACAUUUCAAGUCUCCUUCCGUUAAACAGAAAAUGUGGCUAAAACCUCUGACCCAGAACUGAACCUUUAAUGCAGCUGUAAAAAUCAUGGGGUUGAAGCUGUAAAAGUUUAAAAUACAAUCUCCGUGCACAGGAAAUUAUCGUCUUCAAUUAUUCAGGAAGUUUUUUCUUUUUCUUUUUCUGUUGAUCAUUUUAUGGCAGGUUGUUUUAGAUCUUCAUUCUCUUUUUAAAAAAUCACAUUAGGACUUCCUUGGUGGCGCAGUGGUUAAGAACCCACCUGCCAAUGCAGGGCACACAGGUUCGAGCCCUAGUCCGGGAAGAUCACACACGCUGCGGAGCAACUAAGCCACAACUACUGAGCCUGCGCUCUAGAGCCUGCACGCCUAGAGCCCAUGCUCCACAACAAAGUGAAGCCACUGCAAUGAGAAGCCCACGCACUGCAGAGAAGAGUAGCCCCUGCUCACCGCAACUAGAGAAAGCCCACGCGCAGCAACGAAGACGCAACACAGCCAAAAAUUAAUUAAUUAAUUAAUUUUUAAAAAUCACAUUAAUGUAGUUAGAUAUUAGUCGUUUUAGUUAUUAAACCUUUUUUUAUUGUAUAAUGUGGUAAAAUUGACAGGAAAAUAAUGCCCUGGCAUGUUUACAGUUUUUCUCUUGCACUAUUACAUUUUUCCACAGUAUUUACAUCAGUGCUAAUUUGAAUGUGAUCAAAAUUAAGAAUCUUGCAUACUUCUAUUGUAUAUGGUACAAUGAUGUAGCAUAAGAUUGAGAAAUCUUACUGUAUGUUCAUUUCGCAUACCUAUUUCAGCCAAAUUUGGAAGACUCGAUCAUCUGAUCUAUUGCACUACACACAAAAUAAAUAUGUAGUGUCUUAAAAUCCAAUACUUGUACAAGUCAAUAAAUCAUAUUAUAACAAAAUAUUCCAUAAAUAGCUCUAAAGUUGCUUCUGGUUUGAAACUUCGCAUUUUCUAAGCACACUUAUUAUUACUCUGUACAAAAUGCUCUCGUGUUAACAUGCUAACAAAAGGAUCCAGGCAAAAUUAUUUGAUUACAUCUGGGCAUGAAUCUGACUGAAACAGAUUCAUGCUCAACACCCAACUAACAAUUGUUAAGCUAACUGAGGAUUUUGACCCAAAAAUGUUUUUUGCAUUUUGAAAUAUUUCCAAUGCAUGAGACCUUCUCAGUGCAGCCAUUCAAAAAUGUCAUGUUCCAUUUGAGAAACCACAACGUAACGAGCAGCAAAUCAGUGUAAUCUGCAAGCCAUGUCUUAUUUAAGUGAUAAAAUACAUUGUACUGACACAGCACCCGGUAGCCAAUGGCUCCAGACAGCAUAGCAAAGAUUCACUCAUUGAUCCUCACAGCAAGCCAUCUUUGUUUCUCUUUCCCACUUAACAGGAAAUUACAGCCCAGAGAUGAGAUUCCAGAAACCUAAAAUUAGAGGUUAAAAGUAAAAAAUGCCAUGAAUGAGUGGGUCAGGUAUUUAGAUGCAUUUAAACAACUAUUUUGUCUGAUUUUUCUUUGAAUUAAAUUUUCAGUUUUAAUUGACUGAUUUCAAUCCCACCGAAAUGUAAAUUGACAGAUUAAAAAAAAAAAAAAAGGGACACUUCUACUGCAAUAUGAUUCUUUCUCCCUUGCUUGGAUCCUCAGUACUCAGACAUCAUCUGGAGAACGAAGAAAAGAGAAAAGAAAAGCAAGGAAGUCACGAGGCCUUUGCACUGGUAGCUGAGUAAAGGACCACCUCAUCCUCGGGCUUCGUUCUGUAUUUGGUCCCUGUGGUCAAAGGGUCAGACAUCCAACCAUGUGGCAUAACAAAGCCUUCCAGCCUCUCAAUCUUGGCUUUCAUUCUUGCUAGACUUUUACUGUUAAAUAUUAGAAAUAACUAGUUUUGAAUGCAGGUUAUUUUAUAAUCGUUUUCUGGGAUGGGAUUUUUUUUCAAAUGAAAGGUAUUAGCAUUUUAAGUCUUGAUUUCCAAGUUCUGUAGUGUACACUCGAAUUCCAGCAUUGGGCUCUGCAUAGGUCCAAGGUGUCCUUAAUUUUCUUCCCCUGGGAAGACUUACCCCUGAAGGUCUAAAUUUAACAUUUCACUCCUAAUUGACUAACUACACACGGUUUGCCUUUUGUGAAUUUCAGCUUAUCUGUAAUCAGGAUGAGCUGCCAACCAGUCCUUGGGUCUCUGGGUAGCAAUGAGCAGUUUCUGCUCUCAGAAUGAGGUAACUUAUGAGCAGAGUUUGAGUCUCCAGAGUAUAAAUUUGCAAUGAAAUGGUAUAAUCAAAAUUCAACUGGAAUUUUAAAGAAUAAAGGAGCUGCUUAAUUUCUUGAGGAA